UUUUCUCCUACAAAAUCUUCCAGAGGGCAAAAUGAAAAGACUCCGCUCUCUCCUGCUGUGUUCCUGAAUGGGUGAAAUUAAUAGACUGCUGGCGAGCACAGCUUCCAAACCUCCUAAAAGAGCGCUGGUCGGACGCAAUCAUCGACACCGCAACUCACUCUGAUGGGUUGUCUUAACUUCACCAGCGGAAAUGAGACCUUGCCCGGCAGCCACCUUUAUACCGUGCAGACCUCUGUGCCUUUAACGAUCCUCGUGGGUUUCCUCAUCCUGCUAACUGUGUUUGGAAAUAUAAUGGUAGUUAUCGCUGUGACCACAAGCCGAGCCUUGAGAGCACCUCAGAACUUGUUUUUAGUCUCUUUGGCAUGCGCGGACAUUCUGGUCGCCACCUUAGUGAUGCCGUUCUCUUUAGCCAAUGAACUGACGGGUUCCUGGUACUUUGGUAAAGUGUGGUGCGAGAUCUACCUGGCUUUGGAUGUGCUCUUCUGCACCUCAUCCAUCGUUCACCUGUGCGCCAUCAGCCUGGACCGAUACUGGUCCGUUUCUCAAGCGAUCGAGUACAACCUGAGGAGGACGCCGCGCAGGAUUAAAUGCACAGUCUUCAUAGUUUGGGUUCUGGCGGCAAUCAUUUCAUUCCCUCCGCUCAUCACGAUGAAGAAGGACGAGGGUAAAGAAGACAGCCCGAAAUGUAAAAUCAAUGAGGAGAAAUGGUACAUCAUCUUCUCCAGCACUGCCUCUUUCUUUGCACCCUGCGUCAUCAUGAUUAUGGUGUACCUUCGAAUAUACCAGAUUGCCAAGAACAGAACAAGAGCCCAGCCAGGUGAAAGGCAGAGAGAAUGUCACAAUCCAGAAGACAAGAAGUGUGGCUUAGACCCUCUGGAAAGAGAAGACGGAGAAGGGAGGGAGGCGAGAGAGGCGGGCGGUGGAGAGAUCAAUGGGCUAGACGUGGAGGAAGAGCCCUCCUCGUCCGAUGGGAAUGAAACCGUCCUUUGUUCCCUGAAGAAGAAGAGGGCUUUACGAACAACCAAAGUGGCUCAGGAGGAGCCCGGAGAAACCUCUCCACAGCCCUGUGUGAGAGUGAGCAAGUGGAGAGGAAGGCAGUACAGAGAGAGGCGCUUCACAUUUGUUCUGGCUGUGGUCAUGGGAGUGUUUGUUCUUUGCUGGUUCCCCUUUUUCUUCACAUACACGCUCACCGCUGUGUGUGACAUCUGCUGCGUCCCGGAGACAUUGUUCAAAAUGUUCUUCUGGUUCGGUUACUGCAAUAGCUCCCUAAAUCCUGUGAUAUACACGAUAUUCAAUAACGACUUCAGGAGGUCUUUUAAAAAGAUCCUUUGUAAAAGGGACAGAAGAGGUUUAUGA